CCACGAGACAUGCUAGCAAGACUGUUGUUCAAGCGAGACCACGCAUCAGCGGAAGUAUCGGCAAGCGAUAUCAACGGCUGGACGGCCUCAGUACAACUACCGAGGAGUGCACUGAGGAGGAUAGCAUCCUGACGAUACCAAGCGGAUAUAUGAGAGGAAAGAGAUGCAUCAAGAAUGAUUAUGGAUAGAAUUACCGCCCAUACGCCUUACCUAAAGAAGGAAAAGGAAAAACAAAAAAGGCAUGGAAAUGGCCAAACCCCAAUUACAACACACUCCAAAUCCUGUGAUUACUCUUAUGGGGAAUGGGUCCGGGAUGACGGUUUUUCCCGGGAAAAAUAUACCGAAAACUGCCCGUUCUUGGACCCCGGUUUCCGAUGCCAGCGCAGCGGCCGCCGGGAUUCCGAGUACCAAAAAUGGAGGUGGAAACCACAAGCUUGUCAUCUUCCUAGGUUUAACGCAAGUGAUCUAUUGAGUCGAAGUCGAAACGGGCGAAUAGUAUUCGUGGGGGACUCCAUUGUGAGAAACCAAUGGGAAUCUUUGCUAUGCAUGCUGGCACAAGGAGUGGCAAACCAAUCGACCAUACGCGAACAAUUCGGAAACUCAAUAUCCAAACACAAAGGCUAUCUCUCCAUGAGAUUUGACGAAUUUAACCUCACGGUCGAGUACUACAGGGUUCCUUUUCUAGUCCCCGUUCGUCAACCCCCGAAAAAUGUGUCUAAGGAAGUGAAGGGUGUUCUAAAACUUGACGACCUCCAUUGGUACUUCAGCAAGCUAGUUGGGGCAGAUGUUCUCAUGUUUAGCGCGGGGCAUUGGUGGAAUGAAGAAAAGACACACAAGAUGUAAGUGAUUAAGAACAAGAACCUUAAUCCAUAAAACCUGCUUGAUGUC